CCUCCUUCUUCGUGUAAAUUAAAAAGAAAAUUUAAUGUUAUUGGGAUGCACAAACUGGGUGAUGUAAUUCUGGGAGGACUGUUUGAAGUGCACUAUGGUUCUGUCUUCCCCGAACUCACGUUCACCUCUGAGCCUCAUCCACCAAUCUGCCAAGGCUUUGACCCUCCAGGAUUCAGACAUGCCAUGACGAUGGCCUUCGCUAUCGAAGAGAUCAACAAAAAUUCCAAUCUGCUGCCUAAUGUGACUUUGGGAUACAGUUUGUAUGACAACUGUGCUACACUUAAUGUUGCAUUCAGUGCUGCUUUGUCACUGGCCAGUGGCCAAGAGAGACAGUUUCUGCUUGAUGAGAACUGUAUGGGGAUCCCUCCAGUUGUGGGGAUUGUGGGUGAUCCCUUUUCCACAUUUUCUAUUGCAACCUCUGAAGUUUUAGGUUUAUUUAAACUUCCUCUGGUGAGUUAUUUUGCCACGUGCACUUGCUUGAGUAAUCGGCGAAGGUUUCCUUCCUUCUUCAGAACAAUCCCAAGUGAUGCUUUUCAGGUUCGGGCCAUGAUUCAGAUUCUGAAACACUUCGGCUGGACAUGGGCUGGUCUUCUUGUCAGCGAUGAUGAUUACGGGCUUCACGCUUCCCGAGCGUUGCAGUCUGAGUUGGCUGAAUCAGGUCUAGCUUGCCUUGCCUACUCAGAGAUUUUACCCUGGGGCAAUCAUCCAGAGGAAUACGAGAGAAUUGUGAAAGUAAUGAAAGGGUCCACAGCCCGUGUGGUUAUUGUGUUUGGACAUCAGAUGCACCUUAUUCAACUUGUGCAGCAGGUGCUGAAGCAGAAUGUAACGGGCAUGCAGUGGAUUGCCAGUGAAGCGUGGGUAUCAGUCGAAGGACUCCAUACCCCCGAGUUUCUGCCAGUCUUGGGUGGUACACUGGGCAUCGCAGUCCGUCGGGGAGAAAUACCGGGGCUCAAGGACUUCUUGAUGAGUGUUAAACCCAAACAGAACAGUGACUUUGAAAACAGCAUGGUGAAGGAGUUUUGGGAAUACACAUUUCAGUGCAAAUUUUCACCAGAAGACGGAGAUGCACUGUGCACUGGACAAGAAGAUCUGCAGAAUAUGGAAACUGACUUUCUUGACGUGUCAGAACUGAGGCCCGAGAACAAUAUUUACAAAGCUACAUAUGCUCUGGCACAUGCACUCCAUGACAUGUUGGGCUGUGUGCCAGGAAAGGGGCCCUUCAGUGGUCACAGCUGUGCCACUCUGCAAACACUGGAGCUGUGGCAGCUCAUGUAUUACAUAGAAAAGGUAAACUUUACCACAUCAUUUGGUGAUCAAGUCUCAUUUGAUGAGAAUGGAGAUGCUUUACCUGUCUACGACAUCAUGAACUGGUUGUGGCUCCCUGAUGGAGGAGCUCAAGUUCAAACUGUGGGUGAGGUGAAGGGGUCGGUCUCAAGAGGUGAAGAACUCACACUUGAUGAAGACAGAAUCUUCUGGAACUUUGAAUCAAAGCAGCCACCUUGGUCGGUUUGCAGCGAAAGCUGCCCACCAGGAACACGCAUGGUGCGAAAGAAGGGGAAACCUCUGUGCUGCUUUGACUGCAUCGUAUGUUCGGAGGGAAAUGUCAACAAUGAAAGCAACUCUGUGGAGUGCAUCAGCUGUCCAGAGGAUUUCUGGUCCAGUCCUCAGCGUGACCACUGUGUUCCCAAGAAAACUGAGUUCCUCUCCUAUCAUGAACCUCUGGGUAUCUGUCUGACCACUGCUUCACUGCUGGGCACAUUUAUCUGUGUUGUCGUUCUGGGGAUCUUCACCUAUCACCGCAGCACACCCAUGGUGCGCGCCAAUAACUCAGAACUGAGUUUCCUGCUGCUGGUGUCACUCAAACUUUGCUUCCUGUGUUCACUGUUGUUCAUCGGACGACCCAGACUGUGGACGUGCCAACUGAGACACGCAGCCUUCGGGAUCAGCUUUGUGCUUUGUGUGUCUUGUAUCCUGGUCAAAACCAUGGUGGUGGUGGCUGUGUUUAAGGCCUCAAAACCAGGAGGUGGAGGGAAUCUGAAGUGGUUUGGUGUGAUGCAGCAGAGAGGAACAGUUCUGGUUCUCACUUCCAUUCAAGCAGCAAUCUGCACAGCUUGGCUUUUCUCCGCUUCACCAACCCCACAUAAAAACACUGAAUACCACAAUGACAAGAUCGUUUAUGAGUGUGCUGUUGGAUCCACAAUAGGUUUUGCAGUGUUGCUGGGUUACAUCGGCUUGCUGGCCAUCCUCAGUUUUCUUUUGGCAUUUCUGGCAAGAAAUCUCCCAGAUAACUUCAAUGAAGCCAAACUCAUCACUUUCAGCAUGCUGAUCUUCUGUGCUGUGUGGGUGGCCUUUGUUCCUGCUUAUAUCAAUUCUCCAGGAAAAUAUGCAGACGCAGUGGAGGUUUUUGCCAUCCUGGCUUCCAGUUUUGGCCUCUUGGUGGCGCUGUUUGGACCAAAAUGUUACAUAAUCCUGCUGAGACCAGAGAGGAACACAAAGAAAGCAAUUAUGACAAAAAAACAAGUCAUAAAGCAGCAGUAG